AGGAUAGAUCCUAUAACCUCACAAAGUCGGAAUCCGUCGACGUCUCCGCUGAAGCCGAAGAGCUAAGUAUCAGUCGCGCGAACGAUGGGGAGGUCUCGUCCGCUAUUCUGAAGCCACAUUUCAUCUUGUUGGCUGCUUCUGAAAACAGCGGGAUCAUCCUCUGCGUGAGCUCGAUUAUCUUCGCCAACGGAGUGUUUGUACAUCCUACAUACGUCGCGCAAGAGAGAGAAGCUCAGCAUAAUGCCCGUGAAAAGCUCAAAAAGGAGUCUUGCUCCAGUGUUUUGUACGGUUUCGCUGUCGUUUUCAUAAGCUCUCAGAUAAUAUUUCGCCAGUCGAUUUCGUUUGCCUGGUAAAUCGCAAAUAUGGCAUCAAAAACUUUUACUUUGAUAGAUAACUCAACCAGUUCAGAACUGGACUUUGUGUAUGAGGAUACUGAUUCGCAUGCUAAUGAAAUUGCUGAAUUGUACAGUUAUACGGAACAAUAUGAAUUGCAACUCAAUGUCAAAGCUUUUGAGGAUCAAAUGCAAUGGUACAACCUCAGACCAGUUUGGCAAAACUUAAGCAGCGAGCAGCAAAAGUCAAUAAUUUAUAAACUUCUGGAUCAGCUCGAGGUCUCAAAUAAGCAGUUGAGAAUGAAGGCAGCAAGAUGCAUUUUGUAUCUGGCACAAGGUUGCUGGGCAGAGGUUCAGUCUGACAAGGAACAACAAGAUUGGGAAAGAACAAACGUAAUGUUGCUGUAUGAAUGUGGAACAUUUUCAGCAUUCGUUGAACUGUUGAAUAUUGAGAUAGAUGAAAGUGAAUGUAUGAGAGUGUACGAGAGAUUGCGGGAGAGAAGCAAUAAGUCAGACAGAAUAAGUGGGUGCAACAUAGUUAACGAGAUUGAUUUAAUGUGUUUAAACGAUUGUGUGUGCGAGAUUGAGGUUGAGGGUUAUAUGAGUAGUAAGAGAAACAGCACGGCAGCUAGCACUGCUAUGAGGAAAUUAGCUGUAAGCCUGGCAGAUUCUGUAGAUCUGCGCGUUAUACUGUCUGUUUUGUAUAUUAUUACUGAAGUCAUGAGGGAAGAGAAUAAACGUCUAGAUGAUAGUAUUUAUAAACAUAAUGUUGAAGCUUUCAAAGAAGAAUUAAUGAAUCCUUGUGAAGAUGAGUUACUGAUUGUAAAGCUGUUGGGAAUGGUAACUUGUUUUUGCAGCGGGUCUGCUCCACAUUUUCCAAUGAAGAAAGUGUUGCUUUUGUUGUGGAAACUAAUUUUAGUUUCCUUGGGCGGAAUGGAAACUUUACGAGAAUUGAAAAAGCUCUAUCGUGAACAAGUUGGUCUUGAUAAUCUUCAAGAAGAUACAAUAGAGGUGGCCAAAGCAAUGAGACCGAGUUCUCCACCAACAAGUGCCACUGAUUUAUUAGACACUCAAAACUUGAAGAAGAAUAACAGACCAUUCAGACGGAGUUUGAUGAAACAAAGUUCUCUGGACGAGCCAAAUCUAGAAUAUGAGUCAGGGAGAGGUAUGCUUAUCAAAAACGAAGGUGGUAUGGAUACAUCUGAAGGUGAUGUUGAUGAAGGAGUUUUUGUCAAUCAACCAGUACUUGGAUCUUAUCAAAAUUAUUACGAUAAUCCGAACAAUCCACCACAAAUGAGACCUGAUACACCUCCACCUGUAAAAGCAAAAGGUUUGCCUUGGGCCCCAAAAGUGAGACAAAAAGAUGUCGACUCUUUUCUGGAUAUUUCAAGAUUGAAAUUUGUUGGGUACAAAUUACAAGGGGAUAGAGAAAGUUUGGCCGGAUUACCGCAACCAAUACACGAAGGAUUGAGUACUUUAAAGAAACAUAUGUACACUUCUCUGGCGGAGAUACAAAUACAAAAAGAAGAGGAGAUUGCAAAAAAUCCAAUUAGUACUCAAGAGCCCCCAGUUCGUCAAACUGCAACUGAAAUUUUAUAUCAAGCUAUGUUGCCCAAUUUGCCACAACAUAUGAUUGCACUGCUUAAAAUAUUGCUUGCUGCAGCGCCUACAAGCAAAGCCAAAACCGACAGUAUUAAUAUUAUGGCUGAUGUUUUGCCCGAAGAAAUGCCAGUAACUGUGUUACAGUCGAUGAAACUUGGAAUCGAUGUAAAUCGACACAAGGAAAUAAUAGUUAAAGCAGUAUCUGCUAUUUUGCUUCUUUUAUUGAAGCAUUUCAAAUUAAAUCAUGUGUAUCAAUUUGAAUUUAUGUCACAACAUCUAGUCUUCGCUAAUUGUAUACCGCUCGUACUGAAGUUUUUGAAUCAAAAUAUACUGGCUUAUAUUGAAGCCAAGAAUGUGAUUCCUAUUCUCGAUUUUCCGAUGUGUGUAAUAGGAGAUCAACCUGAACUGACGGUCGAUAAUCUAGAGAUUGGAGACAAUCAGAAUUAUUCCUGGCGGAAUGUUUUCUCUAGCAUUAAUUUAUUGCGAAUACUCAACAAAUUGACUAAAUGGAAACAUAGUAGAAUAAUGAUGUUGGUAGUUUUUAAAUCGGCUCCAAUAUUAAAACGCACUCUUAAAGUCAUGCAUGGCAUGCUUCAGUUGUAUGUCUUGAAGCUACUCAAGAUGCAAACCAAAUAUUUGGGCAGACAGUGGCGUAAAACAAAUAUGAAAACCAUCAGUGUAAUUUAUGCUAAAGUUAGACAUCGUCUAAAUGAUGACUGGGCCUUCGGAAAUGAUUUGGAAGCCAGGCCGUGGGACUUUCAGGCCGAAGAAUGCACUCUCCGUGCGUGCGUGGAUCGAUUCAACAAUCGCAGAUAUUCAAACGCAGUAAGAGACGAGGAGUUGGAGCCUGUCGACACUUCAAUUACUUCGGUGCUUGGGACUAAUGUUGAACUUACUGACGAGUUUAAACAACACUAUGAGCUCUGGUUGCAGCAGGAGGUGUUCCAAACGACCAUUAAUUGGGACGAACUGUUAGGUCCCAGUUAUGAAAUUUAAAUUUAAUCAAGUUAGAUAUUAAGUGAUCAUUACAUGCAGUCUCUGAUGAAAAACAUGCAUGCCGAAAGAUUUUUUUUCUUUUUUCUCAAACAGGCGAAAGUCCGGUACAAAAAUCUUUGAUAAUACUAAUAAAAUGAACGCCGGUAUUAGCUUUAGCUGACUGUUUGGUCAACAAAUUUUUUUAAAUUUUAUAUGAAACUUUUUAUGCGCUCAUUUUGAAAUUCUUUUUAUAAAACAAUAUAGAACAUUUUUAAAGUACCCAGUGUUUACCUAUCAAUUAAAGAAAUUGUAUUCGAUUUUAAUAUAAUCUCGUUGGUGCUCAUUUUUUCAUCAGAGAUUAUAUGCUGCUUUCAAAUUUUUAAGUCUAAGAUUUUUUCACUACCACGAAAGUGGAAACAAAGGCUUUUUCAUAAAAAAACGCAUAAUAGAUAUUAUCCAUGGAAAUGUACAGUAUAGGCACAUUUGUUUUCUUAACCGACUUCUUUUUCUUGACGUAUAGAAUUGUGAUAGUGCUAUGAUAUUUGAUUUUCAUGAACUUUGUUGAAUUAUGUAGUCCGAACAAAAUCCAAAAUGAUCAAUUUAUAGCCAACCUUGCGAAGUGUGAAAUUGUGAAGUAAUGUGAAUUAAUUUCUCAUUAGCAAGUUCAAAAUACUGUAUAUAUGCUAAAUGCGCUUCUUACUACAUUGAUUCUUUGUAGAAGCUCAUUUCGUCUGGAUACAGUUCUCUGUAGACGGAUUUUAUUUUGUAGGAAUCAAUUCUCAAUUAUAUAGAUAGGGUAUUUCGCGUACGAAAAACGCUGAUUAUACUCGACCGUUGCGCUUUAUUCGAAAAAAAUGAUCGAAAUAGAAUGAUUUUUCUCGGUAGUAUUGUGUAUAGCAACGUUAACUUAAUUAUUUUAUGUGAAACCUGGCAUGUUUUUUUACUGAAAAAUUAUGCGAGUUUAUUGAUCGAUAAACAUGAGUAAUAUUGUCCCUGAUAUGUAGCCAUUUUUCCCCUCUCUGUAUAGAACGUAUUUCAUCAAAUUAUGUACAUAAACGGUCAAUCAGUAUACAUAUAUACUUUUUCUCGCCUUUGGUUUAUAAACAGAGCAAGUGGAUUAUUAAUAACAUUAAUAAUAAAUUCGUUAUAAUAAUCAAAUACUGCAUUUUUUAUUUGAAAAAAAAUUCAGUUGCACCCCAACAGAUCGUCGCUGUAGAUAUAACAGAGUUACCAAAUUUUCUUUGCUAACGCGUUAAGGCAUUUUUUUAUUU